UCCCUCAUUGUCCAGCUGGGACCUGCUGGUUCCCAUUGUCCAGCUGGGACCUGCUGGUUCCUUCAUUGUCCAGCUGGGACCUGCUGGUUCCUUCAUUGUCCAGCUGGGACCUGCUGGUUCCUUCAUUGUCCAGCUGGGACCUGCUGGUUCCCAUUGUCCAGCUGGGACCUGCUGGUUCCUUCAUUGUCCAGCUGGGACCGGCUGGUUCCCAUUGUCCAGCUGAAACCUGCUGGUUCCCAUUGUCCAGCCACUUCUGAGGGCAGUGAAGAGUCAAAUCAGGUCGGUGUGGGACUGAACUCUCAUAUUGGAUCAGAUUAGGUAUGGACAGAUCUUGGAAUUGAUUGGCUGGAGGAGGCGAUUUCCACCUUAAUGCUAGCCAGGCCUCAACAAAGGACUAUUAUGGGUCCCUAUGGAAUCAAUCGAGUCAUUCAUCGUGUUGUGUUCUCUGACUGUGAGAAUGGCCUGGGUAUUAAAAUUAUCGGUGGGUUUAAAGAACAAACAGGUGAGGAGUAUGGAAUCUACGUCAAGCGUAUUUUGGAGACAGGAAUAGCAGCAAGUGAUGGUCGCUUGCAGGCCGGUGACUUAAUCCUGGAAGUGAAUGGAGAGGAUCUGGCGGGAGUUACAAAUGAGAGAGCUGUCGACAUCCUCCGCAUGGCCUCAGCAUCCAGCCACAUGUCCUUGCUGAUUGCGCGAGACGAUGAAGCCAGGAAGGAGUUUGCAGAACUAAUGGAGAAGUGCAGCUCCCACAGUAAUGCUGGAUCAGCACGCAGUUCACCUACUCCCCAUACUGCUGGUAAACACCUGGAGAGCACAUCAUCCACAUCCUCAUCCAGCUCUCUGAGUCCACAGCUCUUAAGCCCGAAGGAUAUUGUUGCUAACAACAGCGGAGUCGUCACUACAACUGCCCCGGCAACAACUAUAAGCAACUCUCCGAUUCAGCUGAUCUCCAUUCCCCAGGGGACGAGCCUAGGCUUGAACAUCAUGGGCGGGACCAACAAGCCUGAGGGACCAAUGGUGUGUGUUCAGGAAGUGAUACCAGGAGGUGACUGCCAUAAGGAUGGAAGAUUACAACCCGGAGACCAACUGGUGUCCAUAAACAAGGAGUCCCUGAUUUCGGUUACACAUGAAGAGGCCAAGAGCAUUCUGACCAGGUUGAAACUGAGGUCAGAGGGGACAGCGGAAAUUGCAUUUGUGAGCAGGAGUUCUCAGCCUAACUCCAACAGUAACCUCCCGAAUCCCAGUACUUUACCAGCCUCAUCUCCCACUGGCACCGGAAAUGUGAAGAAGCCUUCAGGGUUCAGCUUCCUCUCACCACCUAACAGCCUCCAUCCAAUGAUGGCAUCCAGCCUGCACCCUGAGACUGACAACGUGGCUUCAGCAAGAACAAAUCAGGGCAAAUCAGGUUGUAAAAAGAGUGAUCAGUCCCCUGUGAUCUCACCGAUGGACAGUUCACCUGAUUCAGCUUGUACAGUUAACGUGACUCCGGCCUGGCCACAGAGCCCUGCUGCCCGAGGGAGGUCAUUGUCCCUCAAUCACAGCUUUCGUCUGAAAGUGGAGAAGUUGGAAAUGGCACUCAAAUAUCUUGGUAUCAAUCCAACUGAGGAGCAGCAGCAAACCCUCCGGCAGCAACUUCAGGUGGACUGCAUGGGAACAGUGGCCUAUGGAGACUUUGUACAGGCUGCCAGAGACUUGUUCCGAUUACAGCUGGGUGAAGCUGGAUCUGAACCAGGAGUAACAAUAUUUACUUCCAGUGAAGAGGCCAAUCUCUGUGAGACAACACAUACUGCACAGAUUACAUCGUCCAGUUCGGUAAAUAAGGAAGAUCUGGAAAGGAUUACUCGAGAGAGGAACGGGGCAUUAAAAGAGUUAAAGAGAGUAAAGGACGGUUUGGCGGAGUCCGAGAAAAGCAGGAAGCAACUGAGUGAAGAGCUGCAGAAAGUCAAACAGGAAGCUAAAAGUGCUGUUGAAGAGUGCCGUGCCCUCCGAAGCAGAAUCCACCUUGCUGAGGCAGCUCAGCGGCAGGCACAGGGCAUGGAGAUGGACUAUGAGGAGGUGGUCCGGCUGCUGGAGGCUGAGAUUACAGAGCUCAAAGCUCAGCUGGUGGAUCAGCACGGGCAGACCAAGGAUGAUACCCAGGACCUCAGAAAGCGAAUUGCUGUUCUCGAUUGUCAGUUACGGAAGUCCGAGAUUGCGAAGAAAACCUUUGAAGUGUCCACUGAGAAACUGCUACAGUUUGUGGAGGUGGUGCAUGAGGUUCUCGCAGAGUCUCCAGCUGCUCUAACUAAUGUCAGUGCGAUCGGAGCCAGAAGAUUUUCAGGACCAGCUUUGCCUCAAAAUUUCCUCGACCGACUUGGUCGAGGUGGACCCAGGACUCCGGCCUCAAUUUCAACCGAUGCCCGAGAGUUGGCCAAAUCUGUCCGUGCCAUCAUCGAAGCAGACUGUCUGCCCUACGGAUGGGAAGAAGCUUACACAGCAGACGGGAUUAAAUAUUUUAUCAACCAUGUGACUCAGAUGACUUCAUGGAUCCACCCAGUGACCAGUGCAUUGAGCCUGCCUUGUGUAGAGAGAAGCAGCAAUGCUGAUCCUCAAGAGCUUCCAGAAUUCAGCAGCUGACAGAGACAAGGAGGCUCUGAGAACAGACAGCGAGAAUGAGAAUCGAUUGUUUCACCAAAACUGACCCCAGCAACUCACACCCACCAGCAAGAUCAUGCUCCUCAAAAUUCCUCAAAGAGCAUAAACUGAAAAAUGCUGUCGAUGUUUUCAGUCUUUUAUAAGCAAAAUAGGGCUCGAAUUCUUGGGCAUCUACUGCUAUUGGUUAGAAUGCUGAUCUUACACCGCGAGUUGAGUUCUAAUUCAGGCCAGUAAUGAGACUGGGAUGAAGAGAAUUUGUGCAGCUUCAAACCAGUUUCUCAUUGACACAACUCCAUCAUACAGGAAUAAAAAUUGCCCAUUAUCUUGCAUUACAUUUUUUAGCUCCUAAUAACCAAAACAGAGCUGUUUGAAUCUGGACAAUGUAGCACUGCUGCAGUAGGGUUCCUCCUGAAGUUAAAAAUAAGGCAUUUAACUGGGAGAGACAUCUAACCCCGUGCUGUAGCUGUCCUGGGAGUGUUUGAUGGGGACAGUGUAGAGGGAGAUUUAUUCUGUAUCUAACCCCGUGCUGUACCUGUCCUGGGAGUGUUUGAU